GUCGAGAUGUCCGACUCUCUGCUGCCUGCGUGUGUCCUCUGUCUGCUGGCGCUCUCUGCGCUCUCGUCCGCCUGCUACAUCCAGAACUGCCCUCGAGGAGGCAAGAGAUCCCAGCCAGAGCCCGUCAGACAGUGUCCGGCGUGUGGUCCGGGGAAUCAGGGCCGUUGUCUGGGCCCCAGUAUUUGCUGCGGGGCCGGUCUGGGUUGUCUGCUCGGGUCUCCAGAGACGCUGAGCUGCAUGGAGGAGAAUCUGCAGCCGGGCCCCUGUGAGACGGGCGGGGUGUCCUGCGGGGCCCGGGGCCGAUGCGCGGCUCCAGGAGUCUGCUGCGACUCUGAGAGCUGUGUUCUGGAUCCAGAUUGCUCUGAAGACGUGGGAUCUCAUCGGUCUGAAGACGGCGCGGCUCUGAAGGGUGUUUCUGGAGAAAUGCUGCUGCGUUUGCUCAGUCUGGCCACUUGGCGUCUGUAGCUCCUUCAUUCACACGUUGCUCCGCUCAGCGCUGUGUAAAUACUGUAUGUAGUAA